AUGGGAAACCUUAGAUGGACGCCGCAAUGGGUCACUCGUACCCAAACUCAGAUCGACCCCCGGUCACCGCAGUCGAUGUUGCAGAUUGAGAAUGAAUAUACGGGCAAUGACUUUUCUGCAUCAGUAAAAGUUCUCAACCCAUCACUAUUGGAAGGCGGGUUGACUGCCAUUGUGAUCGGAGACUACAUGCAGUCUAUCACUCCAAAACUUGCCCUGGGUCUGGAAGGUGUCUGGCAAAGAGCUUCAAUGGGCGCAAAACCCGAGACUGCGGUAUCAUAUGCCGCACGAUACAAGAAUGCAGACUGGAUAGCUAGCGCGCAGGUGCACGCUUCAGGUCAGCUAGGAGCCUCGUAUUGGAAACGACUAUCAGAAAAGGUCGACGCCGGAGUCGAUUGUCAGCUACAGUUUGCUCCUGGUAUGGGAGGUGCAGGCAUGUUCAGUGGUAUGCGAAAAGAGGGUCAAACGACCGUGGGCGUUAAAUACAACUUUGCUACAGCUGUCUAUCGUGCACAGGUCGACAGCGCUGGAAAGGUUGGAUGUGUACUGGAAAAGCGAGUCGGUCCAGCUAUCACCCUCAACUUUGCCGCUGAGAUCGAUCAGUGGAAGGGAACCCAUAAGCUCGGUCUUGGUGUCUCAAUAGAAACCAGCCCAGAAGAACUCGAAGCGAAAAUGCAGAGCGGAGAAAUCCAGAACGAUAUCCCACCUCCAUACUAG